AUGAUGGUGCCAUGUCCCCUGGUCUGCUGCCUACCUCAUUUGCUCUUUCUCUGCCUGCUCUUCUUACCCUCAGGGCACCUCUGCCCUGCUCUCUGUAGCUGCACGGACUACCACACCGUUGACUGCCGAGCCCAAGGGCUUCUCCGGGUGCCCAUCCCGUUCCCCCUGGACGUGCGGAAACUUCUCAUCGGCGACAACAAUAUCCAGGUGAUCCCAGCCGACCUCUUCAUCUUCUACAGCGACCUGGUCUACGUGGACUUCAGGAACAACUCCAUCGUCACCCUCGAGGACGGCACUUUCAGCAGCUCCAGCAAGCUAGUGUACUUGGACUUGAGCUACAACAACUUGACUCAGCUGGACGCCGGCAUCUUCAAGUCGGCGCCGAAGUUGAUCAAGCUGAGCUUGGGGAACAAUAAAUUGGCCGAGGUGGACGAGGGUGCCUUUGAGAGCCUGGAGCAGCUCCAGGUUCUGGAGCUGAAUGACAACAACUUGCAGGCACUGAAUGUGGCCGCCUUUGAUGCUUUGCCCAACCUGCGGGCCGUCCGCUUGGAGGGCAACCCGUGGCUCUGCGAUUGUGACUUUGCCAGCCUUUUCAACUGGCUGGAGGAAAAUGCAUCCAAGCUCCAGAAAGGUCUCAACGAAAUCCAGUGUACUGUCCCCGUGGAGGACAUCACUGUCUUUCUCAGUGAAUUAUCAGAAGAAAGUUUUAGGGACUGCAAAUUUAAUUUGUCACUCACAGACCUUAUCAUCAUCAUCUUCUCUGGCGUCGCUGUCUCCAUUGCUGCCAUUGUGUCGAGCUUUAUUUUGGCACUGAUUGUGAACUGCUUCCAAAGAUGCGCACCCAGUAAAGACAAUGAGGAAGAUGAAGAUGGGGGAGACUGA